GUGUAAGAUCCAUUUUGAAUGCUUUGUGUGUUCGUGAAAAUCCCUCCAUGUAUAUACUUGCACUUUGUUCCUAUUGAUUCUUUUAGCCGUACAAUGUUAACUUUUUGACUACAGUUGAAUUGUUAAUAUUUGUAUUUUAUUAUAGUUUUCGUUUUUACCACACCUUCACUAAUUCCCUAUGCUUCUUCCCGAACUGCACUUAUGUUGUUUUACUUUAUACUAAGUCUUGGCGGCAGCCAUUUUGGUUUGUUCCUGUUUGUGAUUGCUUGACCUGCGUUGACUGGGACUGUGCAUUUUUGUUGUGAAUUGAAGCACUCUUCCAGAAUUGAAAACACUCUGGGUUAUAGAGCGACCAAGUAUUACCUUUUGAACGAAUCUGUACGUGAUCUAUCCAGACAGGAUAGAAUAACAUUUAUUUGUGGUGAUUGUUUAGAGUUGAUCAAUUAAACAAUUAUUGGUUGGAUAGCUGAGUGGUUAUAUUUGUUUAGAACCGCUAUCUUACCCAAUUACUUUGUUUUGGUUUCAAUCGGGCGAGGGCGCGUAUCUAACUCAUCCAGACAGCUGUCCAGCAGUCCAAACGUAGUUUGGAUCUUACAGUUCUAAACAAAUAUAUUUGGUCGAAUUCGUUUGGCUUUCGUUUCGUUGAUUCCAAUCAUCGUCUCUGGGAAUAUCUGGUCGUUCGCUUCCGAUGCCAAACAAUCGUCGAAGGAAAUUAAGUCCAAGGCUUGUGGAUGUUAAAAGAGAUGAACAAAAGGAUGGAUCCCCUCAAUCAAAGCAAGUGCCUUCUGAUGCUUCUAUGUGUCAUGGUUCAUAUUCUAAUAGGGACGAUUGUAAUUAUAGUGAAUCUAGUUGUGAUAUAAUGUCAGAUGGCAUAGAAAACCUUAAUUUAGACGUGAAGCAAGCAAAAGACGUAAGGCCGUCGGCGUUUUUCAUAGGUCCAGAGUUACCAAAGGUUGAGUUAAGUUAUUUCGACGGUCAACCAAGAGGUUACUGGAAGUUUUUAAGGGAGUUUGAGACCUAUGUGGAAUCAAGGGUCAAGGAUGAUGGUCAACGCUUGCUUUAUUUGAUACAUUAUUGUAAGGGUAAAGCGAAAACAGCCAUUGAGGGUUGUGUUAUGUUGGAAGCCUCUUUUGGUUACAAAAAGGCCAAAGAAAUUCUAAAACGGUUGUUCGGACAGGCGCAUGUAAUCGCUCGGGAGACUUUAGAGGACUUAUUCAAAACUACAAAUGUUGAUUACAGUGAUCCUGAGCAACUAACAAAUCUAGCUAUUAGGAUGGAAAAUUGUUCUAUGGUUUUGAAACAGAUGAAGUAUACUGCCGACUUAAAUUCUUUAAUUACCUUAGAGAGAAUAGUAGGACUCUUACCUCAAGUUAUGCAAGCCCAAUGGGCGGACUGGGUAGAUGAAUUGACUGAAGAUAAUAGAGAACCGACCUUUGACGAGCUUACACAAUUUAUAGCAUCCCGCGCGAGGGUAGCUAAUAGUAGGUUUGGACGGUUAGCGAAUCGUCCGAGAAAGGGACACAACGUAAAGACAAAUUGUCACUUGCAAUUGGAGCAGGCGAAUAAUUCGAAAGAGAAAGCUAAAUGCAGUGUGUGUUCCCUAGACCAUGCUAUUUAUAAAUGUCCAAAAUUUUUAGCGCUUACCGUUCAAGAGAGAUGGUCUCACGCGAAGGUUAAUGGCAUCUGUUUUGUCUGCCUCAGGCAAGGGCAUAAAGUUAGUGAAUGUAAGCUGGCAAAACGUUGUAACGUUGAGGGUUGUGAAAGGAAACACCAUUCUUUGUUACACAGCGAGAGUGAGAAACCUGGUACCUCGAGUUGUUGCGGAUAUACUAAAUCACUAAUCAGUCAAGUGUGUUUAGGCAUGAUUCCCGUACGGUUGAAAUCGCGAAAAGCCGAGAUUGUGGGUUACGCUCUGUUGGACAACGGUUCUGAUGUGACACUGAUAAAAUCAAACUGUUUGAGGUAUCUCGGGCUGAACGAAGACCAAGCAUCAGUGGUAGUUGAGACUGUAGGCGGUAAUAGAACAAUGAAGGUCACGAGUGCGCCUUUCGAGGUAUAUUCUUUAGAUCGAUCUGAACAUGUUACGAUUGAAGGAGCUCUGAUUGUAGCACGUAUACCAGGUCAUAAGCCAACAAAGUCAGCAAUGAACAACCUAGUUAAGUGGCCGCAUUUAAGUGAUGUACCAAUAGAUAGCCUAGACUCUGAAGAAGUUUUACUGUUGAUUGGUUGCGACAUACCAGAAGCACACUGGGUGUUAGACCAGCGGUUGGGCGGAAGAAAAAGCCCGUACGCUGUGAAGACGUUGCUGGGGUGGACGGUUUUCGGACCUGCGUUAUGUUCGGAAUAUAGGAAAAGAGUAGUUAAUCAUACCAGUAAAUUACAGACUUUGGAGAACAAAAUACGUAAACCUUAUGAUGUAGAGUUUUCUGAUGUUUAUUCAAAUGAUAAAUCAUUAUCAGUAGACGACAAGACGGCUAUAAGGAUUGUGGAAGGUGGCACACGCUUCGUAAAUGGUCAUUUUGGAGUCCCUAUACCAUGGAAAGUGCACCCAAAUAUGGGAGGGGGGAAUUAUGAAGUGGCAAACAGUAGACUACAGAGUUUGAAGCGUAGAUUGUUGAAAGAUGACAUUCUGUAUAUCAAGUAUACAAAUGGUAUUGAAAGGCUUCCGACUAUGAAAGGGAUUCUAUUCAUAGUUUCUUCUCUGUUCGAUCCUUUGGGUUUAAUUGCUCCAGUCUGUCUUACUGCCAAACUGCUCUUGCAAAAAUUAUGUAAGUCCCAAAUAGGCUGGGAUCAGCCUCUGAACGAGCCAUACAUAUCCGCAUGGCUAAGCUGGGUAAAUUUUAUGCGUCAGAUAGGUCACGUCACGAUAGCUCGAGGUAUCAAGAGGAGAAUCGACGAACCCGACGCGAAAGUGGAAUUGCACUUGUUCAGUGAUGCUUCAGAGGUUGGUUAUGGAGCAGUUGCUUACGCACGAGUCAGUUAUUUGAAGGAACCACCAUAUUGUAUCUUGUUGUACAGCAAGUCUAGGGUAGCACCUAUCAGACAAGUCACUAUACCGAGACUUGAGAUGGCGGCAGCGGUGUUAAGUGUGAGGCUUAGUGAAGUAUUACGGAGAAGUCUGCCUAAUUUUUUCUGCAAAGUAAACUUCCAUACAGAUUCCAUGAUAGUGUUAUACUACAUUAAGAAUGUCGAGAACCGAUAUAGCACCUAUAUAGCCAACCGCCUCGCCGUGGUUCACCAGUAUACGAAGGUUGAACAAUGGAAUUAUGUAAAGUCGUCACACAAUCCAGCUGAUUGGACUUCAAGAGGUAUACAAAAAAUGACUGAUCUGGAAUCUUGGUUCAAAUGUCCUACCUUACUGCAUGGCGAGUUCUGUACAACAAUCACGGACUGUCCGGAACCUACUCCUGACGAUAUUGAGUUUAGAAAAACCGCUGUGGUUAACUUGGGUAGUGUAAAGCACAACAUGUCACCUAUUCUCUCUUAUUACUCCGAGUGGUUGAAAUUAGUCAGGGCCGUAGCCUGGCUUAGAAGGUUCAUAGAAUUCCUGAUGGUGCUUCGUUCACCGAGUCAUGAAGGAUCCGUUCAUCUAGGAUGUUUAAAGGUCAAAGAACUUGACAUCGCCAAGCGUAAAAUUUUAUUGAUGGUUCAGAAAGAAGUGUAUGGAGAAAUAUUUAGUGGAUUUAAAAACGAUAGUAAAGUAGUUAGUCACAAUGAUCUGAAGGGCUUAUCACCGAUAAUGCUUGAUGGGUUACUCUGCGUUGGAGGUCGACUAAGCUACUCAGAUUUCUCAAAUGCCUUCAAACAUCCAAUAAUAUUGCCCAGUCGACAUUUAGUGACAGAAAUGAUAAUUAGACAUUAUCAUAAGGAACAAGGUCACACAGGAACGUCACAAGUGCUAGCCACGAUUCGGAAAAGUUAUUGGAUAAUAAAAGGGACCAGCACGGUUAAGAGAGUGAUAGGAAAGUGUGUGAUCUGCCGGCGGUAUACGAUGGUUACAGGGCAACAAUUGAUGGCACCACUUCCAGCUUGUAGAGUGCAACAAGGAUGGUAUAGCUUCUCGGCCGUGGGAGUAGAUUACUUUGGACCCCUUUUUGUCAAAAGAGGAAGAUCAUUAGAAAAAAGGUAUGGAUGUAUAUUUACUUGCUUGCAAACCCGAGCAGUACAUAUUGAACUGACACACAGUUUGAAUACUGAUUCGUUUAUAAUGGCCUUGCUACGUUUUAUUGGAAGAAGAGGGAAACCUGCAGAAAUUUACAGUGACAAUGGGUCAAAUUUUGUGGGUGCGGUCUCUGAGUUAAGGAGAUUUGUGCAACAGUUGAAUCAACAGAAAAUAGACAAAGAACUGUCAGCUAGGCAGAUUCAGUGGCAUUUUAACCCGCCCUCAGCCAGCCACAGGGGUGAGGUUUGGGAAAGGAUGAUUAGGUCCAUACGCCGACUGUUAUUGCUGAUAACUAGAGAGCAGACUCUAACCGAUGAGACUUUAAACACUUAUUUGAUUGAGAUUGAAAGGAUAUUGAACGAUCGACCCUUAACUCCGGUCGUUCAAGAUGCUAACGAUAAACUAGCUUUGUCGCCAAACAGUUUGUUGUUAUUGAGAGAAUGUGACGGAAUAGUCGAAGAAGGUAGCAUCAGAGAUAAAUAUGACAAACGUUGGAAACAGGUUAAUCAUCUUGCUAAUGUGUUUUGGAAAAGGUGGUUAAGAGAGUAUUUACCAUCCCUACAAAAACGUCAAAAGUGGUUAGUUGAACACCGCAAUUUUCAGAAAGGGGAUGUAGUGAUCGUGGCUUCGGACAUAUCGACGCGUGGAAAAUGGCCCUUAGGAGUAGUUGAAGAUUGUGAAAUAGAUGACGACGGAAGAGUUAGAACAGUGGUUGUUCGUACGAACGGUGGAUUAGUCAGGAGAGAUAUACGUAGAUUAUGCCUCCUUGAAGGCUCGAAUUAGUUCCUCGUAUUAUCAAUGUAGGUAGGUCGAGUAGGCGUACUGUUGUAAGUCCUAUUCAUUCCUAUAGUGUCAUAUGCUACAUAAUGAACCAUGACCAUAGGCAUCAAGGUAGCUUGUGUGAUAUGGAGGGAUUUUGGGGGCCGGUGUAAGAUCCAUUUUGAAUGCUUUGUGUGUUCGUGAAAAUCCCUCCAUGUAUAUACUUGCACUUUGUUCCUAUUGAUUCUUUUAGCCGUACAAUGUUAACUUUUUGACUACAGUUGAAUUGUUAAUAUUUGUAUUUUAUUAUAGUUUUCGUUUUUACCACACCUUCACUAAUUCCCUAUGCUUCUUCCCGAACUGCACUUAUGUUGUUUUACUUUAUACUAAGUCUUGGCGGCAGCCAUUUUGGUUUGUUCCUGUUUGUGAUUGCUUGACCUGCGUUGACUGGGACUGUGCAUUUUUGUUGUGAAUUGAAGCACUCUUCCAGAAUUGAAAACACUCUGGGUUAUAGAGCGACCAAGUAUUACCUUUUGAACGAAUCUGUACGUGAUCUAUCCAGACAGGAUAGAAUAACAUUUAUUUGUGGUGAUUGGUAAUUUUCUUGCAUCCUUUAUCAACGUUCUUAUUUAUUAUAGUUUAGAGUUGAUCAAUUAAACAAUUAUUGGUUGGAUAGCUGAGUGGUUAUAUUUGUUUAGGUAAUAAUGUACACUUAAAUUUAUGAUAAAUUAUAGAACCGCUAUCUUACCCAAUUACUUUGUUUUGGUUUCAAUCGGGCGAGGGCGCGUAUCUAACUCAUCCAGACAGCUGUCCAGCAGUCCAAACGUAGUUUGGAUCUUACAGUUUGCACAGUUGAGAUAUUUCUAUUCAUGUGUAUUUUGUUCUCCUUUUACAAAAGAUUUUGAUAUUACUUUGUGUACAUUUUUUAGCUAUCACAUAGUGUUUGUAAGCGUGUGAUGGUUGUUUCUCAAGAUUUGCUUCAUAUGCAAGCAAAAUUGUACUUCACUUUUUUCGCUUUUUUCUCAAAUAAUAAAGAGAGCAAUGUAGAAGACGCUCAGAAUGGCAACAAAUUCUUUGUCUGCUCUUUAUAUCUGUCGAAUCAAGGGGAUACACGUGACAUAUACAAUCCAAUUAAAAUCUGCCAAACUUACUACGCUUGCUGCAAUAGGCUGUUUAAAUUAACUACAACGAAAGAUAACGGAGACCUGGCAAUGUGUCGUAACAUGAAAAAGCAUGCCUUAAAAAGCAUCUGCUUUAAGCCAGCAGUAUGUUUUACGCGACUGUGGUUGCUUCUCCAAGCAACGUCGACGAAUGGGUACAGGUUGUAAGGAAGAAACUGUUGUAACGAGUGAGUGACUGCAGGUUAUUGAUAAGCAGCGUUUAUAUCGAUCGACCGGUUACAGUGACACGUAAAUACGUACGAACGACCUAGUGCCCUGAUUGGCCCUGCUUCCCUGUCUACCCCAGCCAGUUGAGUCCAGAACAAAGCCACAGCCUCUGAGAUAUGAAUCAUUAUAUUUCAAACACACUCUGUUUAUAUACUAACCAAGCAUACCACAUCGUACCAUAAAAAUAGGAAACAACAUUUACACAAUAUUAAACAGCUGAAGCAAAUAUCGACCAAUAGGAAAUGUACAUUUAAUGUCCAAGGACACCAUUCGACUUGACACGAUAAUUAUUGGCAGAUUCCUCUGCAUACCUAACACCUCCCCCUCUUUUUUGAGGAUCCGGAGUUGAUAUCCGGAUUUUAAAAUUUUCUGCGUCCGUCCUCCCCCGCGGAAUAAUGUUGGGUCCUCAUGUACCCAAGUAACAGUUAGUCUGAUUCUAUUUAAAGCAUAUUUCGCGCAUUGAGUAGAGGGAUCA